CACAAUGCAACGCGGUCAAACUCAUUUCUUCUUCCUCAACACAUGGCUUGUGCUUGCUAAUAUUUUUAUUUUGUUAGACCCAAGUCUAACGGCACUUUUUAAGUGUAUUUCCAUUUUCAUUCUUCCACCAAAUGAAGGUUAAAGUCCUCUCGAGGAACCCGGAUGAUUACGUCCGGGAGACUAAUCUAGAUAUUCAACGUGUCCCCAGAAACUAUGACCCGACUCUGCAUCCGUUUGAGGUGAGCAGAGAGUACACCCGGGCCCUGAACGCCACCAAGCUCGAGAGGGUGUUCGCCAAGCCUUUCCUGGCCUCUCUGGACGGACACAGAGAUGGGGUCAACUGCAUGGCCAAGCACACCAAGAGCCUCUCCACCCUGCUCUCUGGCUCCUGCGACGGGGAGGUGAAAGUGUGGAAUCUGACCAAACGCGAAUGUGUCCGCACUCUCCAAGCGCACGAAGGGUUCGUCCGGGGAAUGGUCGUCCGCUCUUGUGGAACCUCCUUCUUCACGGUUGGUGACGACAAAACUAUCAAGCAUUGGAAAAUGGAGACACCUGGUUACGGCGAGCAAGAGGAGCCACUCAACACUAUCCUGGGCAAGACUGUCUUCACCGGCCUGGACCACCACCAGAAGGAUGCCGUGUUCGCCACAUGUGGCCAGCAGGUGGACAUCUGGGACGAGAAGAGGAGCAGCCCAAUCCGCUCUUUCACUUGGGGCGUAGACAGCUUCAGCGCCGUGCGCUUCAACCCGGUGGAGACUGAACUACUUGCAAGCUGUGCCUCUGACAGAAGUAUCGUACUGUAUGACAUGAGAGAAUCAACGCCACUUAAAAAGGUUAUCAUGACAAUGAGAAGCAACACAUUAUCUUGGAACCCUAUGGAAGCCUAUUACUUCACAUGUGCUAAUGAGGACUACAACCUCUACACAUAUGACAUGAGGUACCUGGACCAGCCAGUCACAGUGCACAUGGACCACGUCUCUGCAGUGCUGGAUGUUGACUAUUCUCCAACAGGGAAGGAGUUUGUAUCUGCCAGUUUUGACAAAACCAUCCGCAUCUUCCCCAAGGACGGUGGCCACAGCAGGGAGGUCUACCACACCAAACGCAUGCAGCAUGUCAUCUGCAUAAAGUGGUCAGUAGACAACAAAUACAUCCUGAGCGGCUCCGACGAGAUGAAUAUCCGACUGUGGAAAGCCAACGCAGCUGAGAAGCUGGGAGUGCUGGCCCCCAGAGAGCGGGAGGCCACCAACUACAGCCAGAAGCUGAAGGAGAAGUUCCAGCACCACCCGCAGAUCCGGCGCAUCGCUCAUCACCGACACCUGCCCAAGAGCCUCUACCACCAGACCAAGGAGCUGCGGGUUAUGAAAGAGGCUCGUCGCAAGAAGGAGAGGAAUGUUCGGAAGCACAGCAAGCCGGGAAGUGUUCCUCUGCUGUCCGAGAAGGAGAAGCACGUUGUGACCGUGGUCAAAUAGGCAGAGCCAGGACCGAUGCCCGUCCCCCAGAUCACCCCCACAUGGGACAUGUUCAGACUGCCCUCACUUAAAAGUGAGGGGCGAGAAACGUGUCCGUUGGGACAAGUUGGAUGCAUCAUUCGAAGCCCGAGGACACAGACUGUAAAUACAUAGACAUUAAAUAUGGUAAAACUGA